AUGUACGCAUUCAAGCCGCACGUGUUAACUGCACGCUCUUUGUACAGUAUUACAAAACCUGAAGGAAGAAUGGACGUAAUAUUAUGCUGUAAUAGUAAAAAUUUAUAUUUUAACGACGUGAUUGAAUGGGGUAGCGAAUUUCAUAAUAUCUGGGAGUACAAUUUAACUGGACAACAAUGGAGAUUAUUGUCAUCAAUAAGGCGUCUAUAUGAAUUACCAGAUUUAAUCACUUAUGAUGUAAUUGCUGGUACUGCUUUUGAAUCAAAUUAUUUAGUUAUUUCCACACUACAAGACCAAUACGACGUACAAAGUACUUUCAAUGAGGAACUAUCAAGCCCUACAUGUCAAUUACAUGUGUUUGACUUGAAUAGUAAAAGUAGUCUUGUUCGAAGUAUAAGUAAACAAAUUCCCAAUCAUUCUCGUCGACAUAAUUUCAUUCGCCAUGGAAAAUAUUUGUAUAACAUCGGAAUUCAUAGCGAAGUUUCUGAAAGCUUUUUAGAUGUACGUAAAUUAAAUAUGGAAAAUGGUGUAUGGGAAAUUGUCUAUACCUGUCGAGGACUUGAUGCUAAUGAACCAGUUGGUGGAUUGGAACAUACUUUAGUUUAUAGUAACAAUAUGAUUUAUAUAUUCGGUAAUUGUAAUUGUGGUAACAGAAAGGGUUCAUCUUCGUUUCUCAAAAUAUCGGCGUUUGAUUUGGAAAAAAGCUGCUGGAAAAAAGUUGACACUUAUGGUGAUGAAAAUCACACACCGCAAUAUCCAGCUGAAAGAGAAGGAUUCGGUGUAACGAGUUAUACUGAUCCAGAUUCUGAUGAAAUCAACGUAAUAAUAUCUGGAGGAGCAGAUUUUAAAUAUAAUAAUAACGGUGGGCUUAUAUUCCAUAAGCGUGGCUGUUUUAAGUUUUAUGAUGUCUGGAGAUUGAAUCUCACAAAUUUAAAAUGGACGUGUCUCGAGAGAUUUGGUACUGUCUUACCUUCUCACAUUGAGUAUCAUUCAAUAACCAUUUCUCCUGCUGGAAAAUUGUUUAUAUUUGAUGAACAUAUUUUUGAUCAUACCGUGGAACAAAAAACUCGCAAAUCUGCCUUAUACUCAACUUGGGUCAGGAUUCCCAAACUCACAGACAUUUGCUGGGAAGCUGUGUUUCAUUACUUUCCAAACUUGAAAUCAAUGACUGACAAAGAAAUCAUUUCCCUCGGAAUUCCAUUGCAGUUACUCAAGUCGCGUAUUAAUUAA